UUCUGCUUUCACGACGACUUGAUAGAGACGAGAAAACAAACGAAUAAUGCCCUCCGUUAGCGGGACGCGGGUUUACGUUCUUUAAAGGACAUUUCUGAUUUUAUCGACUUCGACGUUUGGGACAAAUUGAAGACAUAGAAACAGCAACAAGUCGUGCAGGUGGCAGACCCACGUUGACCGGUAACACCGAGACUCGCUAUCCAGACCUGAGCUCGACGAGGGAGUCCAAGAUGUCCGUGGACAGUUACUCUGCGCUGGACGAGUCGUCUCUCCGGGCGCUGCUGGAUGGAACCGUGGAUCUGGACGAGAGGCGCCUCAUCCGUUCAGCCAUCCGGGAGUUGAGGACGAGAGAGAUCGAGGACAUGGAGGCCGCUCUGGCCAGCAAGAGAUUUCGGCCCACACGCCUCAAACAGCAGGAGGACAAGGAGAACCAGCAUAGGUCUGAAUACAACGACAACCUGGAUGUCCUGUCACGAGAAUUGCAAUCCAUCCAGGACAUCGAUGAGCUCAUGAAAAUGCUCCGGGCCGCCAGCGAGUACGAGGAGAGGAAGAUGAUCAGAGCAGCCAUCCGACAAGUCCGAGACGAACCGCAGCAAGGGACUGUGGAGCGAGGUAAAGCUCCGGGUUGCUGCCUUGAGCCCGAGAGUGUGGAGCCCCAAAGCAGCAUGGGAACUGAGGAUACAGAGCGGGAGAGUCACGGUGAGCGUAUCAGGUCUCCGAUCCGGGAGUCGUGCGGCCAGCAGACGCAACAAAGCAGAGAGGCGCAGAGAAUAGGUUCCAACUCAGGCAUGGUGUUGGUUCUUGAUGACAUGGUGAAGGACGAUAGCCCUGGACCUCUGCUGAUCCAGCCUCAGAGAGAGGCUGUGACCACAGAGCCUGACAUGGAUCCGUCUCAUCGCCAAAGGUCCGACUCCUGGGCUUCAGACCGCAGUGGGACAUCUGUGCUUUCUAGGUCCAAUCUGGAUUCUGUGGCCUCAGAGAAGAGUCUGGGCUCGGCCUACAGAGCUCGGCUGGACUCUGGAGCUUCAGACAGGAGCCAGAGUCCCUUGCAGCGUGGUCGCCUAGACUCUGGGGCAUCAGAGCAAAGCGUCAGACAGAGACUGGGCUCAGAUGUCUCAGACUCCGGGGCUAGACCCCGUUUGGGCUCUGGGGCUUCAGACAGCAUUGGUCUUUUGCCACGGAAACGGACUGACUCGGGCACAUCUGACCAGAGUGUAAGUAUGUCCUCUGAGGAAAGGGGUCCAGUGGAGGAGGUGGAGGUAGCCACAAGUGGUUCGACUUCCAGCACAGAUUCGGAAACUGACAGCAGAAGAUCAGGUCCAGCCACCAACGGUCAGUCCAACCAGGACCACAUCAUUGACCAGGAGCAGCCUGAUGGGGCUGUGUUAUCCAGGAGAGGUCCUGCAUAUGGCCUCCUGAACGGCAGCGCCAAGGGAAAAGACGACUUGCAGAAACAACAGAUGACAAACGGCAAUCUGCACCUCAUCCAUGGCAAAGCAACAGAUUGUGCGCCUGAGAAGAAAAAUGUUGUGGAACAUUUCAACCGCACCAACUCUGUACGUGAUCGAAUGCGCAAGUUUGCAGAGCCCAGCCAGAGCCCAAAUGUCCCGGCUUUGAAGAAGGCUCCUCUGAGGAACGGGACGACCUCCAGCAGCAGCGGCCAGACGAAUCCCUCCAGAGCCACCGAGCUGUUUACACAUACAGCAGCAUCCCUCGGCACAUCUGGAGACAGGCCAGCUGGGCCACGUGUGGACUCCUCAUCUCACACCUCGGCUGCGUCUCAGAGUCAGGCCAUACCUCAGCCAAGGGGUGUGGCCAACAAGGCUCUGUCUUCAGUGAACCAAUGGGAGAACUCCAUGGGUGGGACGAGGCAUCCAGCUGAAGAAGAUGUGCAUGCCUCCAGCAACCCAAAGGAAGACAGGACCCCAGGGAGAGCAGCUGGACAGCAGGUCACCCAGGGAGAGGCAGACCCGGACAUGAAGACCUUCCUCACCAUCGAGAUCAAGGAUGGGCGCACCACCCCCUCCUCUCCGUCCUCCUCUAGGAGCAACAUCGUGCCCAUCACCAACAUGGCCCCACGCAUCACCACGAAUGCUCUGGGACAGAGAGCAGAGUUGACUCUUGGCCUCAGAGCGACACCAUUCAAGAUCCCCUCAUCCAGCCUCUCCUCCGGAUCUUCUUUUAAGAUUGAGACGGAGUCCUCAGUGGCCUCCAAGUCGCUGUUUUCAGUCGGACCGUCUGCGCAGGUGGCGUGUCGCAUCCCGGCCGCCGCUCAGGCCAAACCUGACGAGCGCUCCGGAAAACUGACCGCCGAACAGCUGGCCGCUAUCGAGGACGAAGAGCUCCUCGACAAAAUGCUCGAUGAAUCAAAAGACUUUGAGGAGAGGAAGAUGAUCCGUGCCGCCAUGAGAGACCUUCGUAAGAGAAAGAGAGAGACGAUGCUGGGAUGUACUCAGGAGGAAAUAGACCAGAGAGAAAAGGAGCGCGAGACCCGUCUGCAGGAGCUCCGGCAGCAGAGAGACGAGCGAGCGCAGAAAGGCCACGCUGGGGUCGGAGCGGGAGAGGUGGUGAUGCGGAAGGUGGAGAAGUCGGCGGACGGCUCCAGCCUCAGCCAAGUCACCAAGACGGACCGCUUCGCUUCCUCUGACGAUGGGAGCAAAUCAACACGCAGCACCGUCGUCGAGGCCAGUUAUGUGCAGAAAACCGACAGAGGGACUGUCCAGUCCAAAUCGUACAGCUACAGCUCUUCCACGUCAUCGUCCUCCUCCAACACGAGCAAGAAAGUGGGCAGCGUGUUUGACCGCGAGGACGACACAUCGUCCGGCGGCGGCGGCGGCGCUUUGGCCGCCAUGGAGCGAAGGCAGGCGGAGAGGCGCAAGGAGCUGAUGAGGGCUCAGACGAUGCCGAAGACCUCGUCCCUGCAGGCCCGCAAAGCCAUGAUUGAGAAGCUGGAGAAGGAGGGAGGCGGCCCUGGAAAUCAGGCGGUAACCAAGGUCCAGCGUUCCACCAGCUUCGGGGUGCCCAACGCCAGCUCCAUCAAGCAGAUGCUGCUGGACUGGUGCCGCGCCAAGACCCGCUCGUACGAGCACGUGGAUAUUCAGAAUUUCUCGUCCAGCUGGAGUAACGGCAUGGCGUUUUGUGCCCUGGUGCACAAUUUCUUCCCUGAAUCCUUUGACUACGACUCCCUGAGCCCCGGCAACCGCAGGCAGAACUUUGAGGUGGCCUUCAGCAAUGCAGAGACCUACGCCAACUGCAUGCCUUUACUGGAAGUGGAGGACAUGAUGAUCAUGGGGAAGAAACCCGACUCCAAAUGCGUCUUCACCUACGUGCAGUCUCUGGUCAACCACCUGCGCAGAUACGAGAUGUCCAUGGGUCGGCCGUGUGACCUCUGUCCUCCGACCUGUGCUCAGUGAGUGUGCAGCCCAGACGCGGCGCCAUCCCCAAACCCCUCCCCUUCACAGGCCCUGACCCCCCCCCCAAGCUCCAUCCUUACCUGACGACCACGUCCACUGUGACCGGCUGCGUCACAGAGUCGCUCAUCUCUGAUGGACAAGAUGGGGAUUGUGUGUGUGUGUGUGUGCGUGUGUGUGUCAUUUUGCUUAUUAUCUUUGUUGACAGUGGUGAUGUGUAUUCGAUAUUUCAUUAACGCUAAGUCCACUUCCAGCACGAAAGCGCCAAAGUUUUUCUAAGACUACCUUUUUGUCACAUCUUGUUUUUGUGUCUAGUUUUGUACAAGGUCGUAUUUAACAUGUGGUCGCCGUGUCGCUACACUUGUGUACUAAAAAACCUUCAAGACAGAAAAGAGAAAUAUCUUUUAUAGUAUUUCCCUUUUUACACUUAUUUAUACCUGCAUCUCCCUCGCUCGACCUUUGCAAUUAGCCGUCCUCGUUGGUACCUCCACAGAAGAGGAACAACCACGUGACGCUGGGUUUGGUCUUCAUUUCGGUACUUUGGAACUUUUACAACAUUUUGGCUGCUUGAAUGAUUUGAGCUAAGUUAUUACUAUUCUCAUGUUGAUGUAAACAAUUUUCAUAUCACUAUUUAAUACAUUAUCAUCGAGAUGUUCUUUCUUCAUUGUUCAGUUGUUGUGAAUAAUCUCACCUUUCUGAACUCUGUGCUACUGAGAGCAUGUUUCUGCCCCCUGUGUCACGGCACCACUGCACCGCCACACUAUCCUAACAGGGAAGAUUCUUCACUCGGGCAGAGAGGAAACGAGGAGGGGAGCCUGACGUCGGACAGCCUGACUGACGGCAUAUGUACAAAAGAGAAGUGUCCAUCAGUGCUGCCGCCUCGCUGACAUGCCUCGCCAAACCCACUCACACACCGCUCUGUUAGAGGGCUCUUUAUUUAUGAGAGUAGAUUCUUUUUGGAAAUAUCAUUUUUUAUUUUGUUGGUGUGUAUAUUGUGCUUUUAAAGGUUUUGUUUAAAGUGUGUCGAUCAGCUCAAGAUGGCACCUUGUCGUGUGAAACUAAUUUUGGUCACGCUUUGGACAAGUUGAUGAACGCCGGCUCUCUAUUUAGACGUGAGGAAUCAUGAGUCAACAUAAACGCCAAUUGUAUAUUUUACAACAUGAAGCUAAUGAAAUAUUUUUUAAUUAAGAUUUCUAUUCCUCUUGUAAAAUGUAAGAUUCCUCUGAGAAGAUGUUGAAAUUCUGAUGAUUUUUAGAGCUGAAUAAGCUUGAUGAAAGUUAUUUCUGAAAGCUCUUUUUAAGUAGAGUUAGAGAAAUUAUUUUAGUAUUAUUCCAACACUGCCAAUUGAAAAAAAAGCAAUACCUUCCACAGAGCAGUGAGUGGUGUAAAUAAGAGUGCAAACACAUUAUAAUGUCAUGUUUCUGUGCCACACAGUUAAAUGUGAAUUGAAAAUAAACCAAUUGGAGAAAUGAA